CGGUCCUGAAAUAAUCGAAGCACACGAGUUAUCCUUUAGUCCCCGGAAUAGUCCGCUCUGCUUCUCCGAGUCUCAACCUCUGCGUUACUCUCUCUCUCUCUCUCUACACCAGAGUACAAGGGCGUCAAAGAGGCAACGUCUAGCUUCUUGUGAAUGAUAAUGCAGACAAUCAUCCACAACCUCUCGUUCUGUAGCUUCAACUCUAUCAUAAUAGAACGGAAACAAAGACUUCAUCUUUCUUCUUUUGUAACGCUUCCUCCAACUUUUUCAGUGCAACCAAGAUUCUGUGCAAGAACAACGAAUAAACAGUUCGUAGCAGUUUGUGCAGCACCUUCAGAUGUUGAGACUUCUUCCAAGGAUGAAUCAGUUUUGAUUACGACAGUGGAGACCGGAAACAGCAACGAGGUUAAGGUGCAUGUUGAAGUCUCAGGAGAGAAGACUCAAACAGUAUUCAAUACUGUAUUUGAGAAAAUGGUGGCUGCAGCUCAGCCUAUCCCGGGCUUCCGAAGAGUUAAAGGAGGGAAGACCCCAAAUAUACCCAGAGAAAUUUUGUUAGAGAUCCUUGGAUAUUCUAAAGUCUACAGACAGGUGAUAAAGAAGUUGAUCAAUUCUUCUAUCGAAGACUAUGUUAAACAGGAAGACUUAAAGGUUGGCAAAGAGUUGAGUGUUGAGCAAAGCUAUGAAGAUCUUGAAGAAACAUUUGAACCAGGUGAAAGUUUCAGCUUUGAUGCUACUAUAAAGCUUCAAGAAGCGAGUUGAACCCUAGGUACUUAUCAGUGUGAUCUGUCUUUCUACCUUGUCUGGUAACAAUUAAAUUUCUUGUUAAGUAGGAAAGGAUAAUCUCAUUUUGGUUGAGCUUUGUGGUGAUAAAGUUUGAAAUUUCAGCUAUAUAUAGUCUAUGAAAUCUUGUAGUUUCAGUGGGAUGA